AUGACCGAUAAUGGAAGGAAAUUCUCCAAUAGCAUGAUAGAUAAAUUAUGUGAAAAAUUCAAGUCCAAGCAAUACAAGUCAUGUAUGUACAACGCAGCUGCGAAUGAACUAGCAGAAGCAUUUAAUAAAACGAUAUGCUAUCUUCUAAAGAAAAUUGUCUACAAGUCGAAGAGGGAUUGGCAAGAAAGAAUCGAUGAAGCAUUUGGGCUUAUCGAACCACUCAUUACACUCCUACAGGGAUUACACCAUAUUCGCUUGUUUACGGUGUAUAGGUUGUCCUUCCCCUCGAAAAAAAUCUCAUCAUUAAGAAUGGCAAUGCAAGAGGGGUUGACUACUGAAGACAAUGUCAAGUUACGUCUUCAAGAGUUAGAAGACUUGAUGAAAAGCGACUAG